CUAGGCUGUCGGAUCUAGUCGACUAGGGGUUGCAAAAAAACACAAACGGUAAAAGCGCAGCGUGCAGUUCAAGUGACGAAAUCAGUGGAAGAAGUGUAUCGAUCUGGUGCCACUUUCUUCUAGGAUUUUCUACAAACCCAAAGGCCUAACAUCAUCAGCGAUGGGUCAUCUGAGCACCGUUGUGGUAGCACUGCUGGGCGUGUUUGCCGUCUGCCGUGCGGCGCCCGCCGCAAUUCUGCAGCCCGCCGCCCAGUACUACCUGAUACAGCAGCAGCCGGCGACGCUCAAGAUUCAGCCGCAUCUCAUUCAACCGAUCCAGCAGCUGAAGCUCGAGCCCAAGCAGUACGUCUACUACUAUCCGUCGCUGCCGCUGGCCACCGCGACCCACACCACCACCCAGUACACCGAGAGCAAACCGAUCCGGCUGGUGACGCUGAAGCAGGACGAGGGCAACUGGUGGUCGAACGUGUUUUCCUUCCUGCAGCCACCGGCCACCGAGAUGCCGACGUCCGAGGGCGAAACGACAGAAGCGCCGGCCGGCGGCGAAAGCGCCAAGGCACCGGAGAAGAAGCUGAUGUUCAUGGCACCGGCCGACGCGGAGAAGGGACCGGAAACGCCCGCCUCGACCGCGGCCCUGCCCCAGCCCCAGCGCUACUACAUCCUGAGCGGUACGCCCCAGUUCUACGGCAACUUUGACGCCCUGCAGAACCCGCUCAGCCCGGUGUUCAGCCUGCAGCCGCUGCAGGCCAUCCACGCCCGUGCUAACUCCGACAUCCAGGCAGAGGAUGAGCUGCAGCCCAAGUUCCAGGCCCAGAUCGUGUCGUCGCUCGCGCCGAUUGCUCCCGUGCCGGCGGCUGUGCCCGCCCAGCUGAAGAAUGAUCUGCUCGAGUCGCACCAGGACAAGGAGCAAACGAUCGACCGUGCCUGGGCCCGUUCGCUGGACGACGAGCAGCAGCAGCAGCCGGAACAGCAGCAGGUUAUGAUGGAGGAUGAGGAGGUGCCGGCCGUGGUCGUCCAGGGCCGCUCGAAGGCCGACGAGGAGGCGCCCGAAAUUCAGCCCGUUGACGAGGAGAAGGACGGCAAGCAGGAGGGCAUGCAGCGCAGCGUGAACGAUCCGGCCAUCGCCGCCGUGAAGCCGUCGGGUAUUGCACUGGCCGGCCGGGGUGGUGUGGCUGCCUCAGCCCCCACCGGGACGGCGAUCGUCGGUAAGAAUGGUCUAGCGUUGGCUUCACCGUCGGCCACUUCCGUUGCAGGUAACUUCUUCGACGAGGAGGAGGACGGCGAGAAGAAGAAGCCGCUGUAAGGAUGAAGACUGUCAACCCCCACCCCCCAUGACCGUGCGAGAACCGGAGCCACGAAGAAAGCAUCAGCUCGACAUCAGGAUAUAGCUGUAUACGACAAUCAAAAUUGAAGAUUCCAAGGUUUUUUUGAAAAAAUCCCGGAAAUUCGUCCGUUGCGUGCAUUUCUCCCUUUUUGUGGAGGAACUGCGUGACACGAAGGCGUCCGGUACAAAAAUAAUCAGUGAUUUCCGUCCAUUAGAUUACGUUAGACUUUAGAAGAGAACGCGAGAACGCGGACACAAGACAGAAUGCGGACUGACAACCCACCUCGUAGAGUGAACCUGGGUUUGACUGGAGCGCGAUCGGGCUAGCCAUAUUGGAAUUGAAACCGAUGCGCUCACAACAACAACAACACACAAACAAA